AAUUAAAGUUUCAUUUUGUGUGUAGAAAAUAACUAUUCUUUUAUGGAAAUUGUAGAUCGCUCAUGGAAAAUGGUGAUAUAAUUGAUUUCAUCUUCUAUUGGUGAUUGCCAGAUAACUUAGAAUGAAAUAUGUUUAUUGAGUGCGAACAAGGUGGUGUUUUGCUCAAUACCGGUAUAGUGUUUUUUUGAAUCAUAUUCCUUUGUAACCAUGGCUGCUGAUCAGAGGAGAAAACGGUUAAAUGGUGCAAGCAUUGUCAGUUAUGGUUCCAGAGAGCAACAAAGGGCUAAGAGAAAAAAUUUGGGAUUGAUGCAGCAUGACUUAAGGAUGAAAUCUCACAUUACUGUUGAGUGGGACAGUAGUCAGAAAAGGGUUGUUGCCAAACAGGAACAGAUUGGCAUCACCUGGAGACAAAUGAAACCAUUUUUCAAUUUUGUAUCCAAUGAUCACAAUGUCCUGGCAGAUGUGUUGACCGUACCUAAAGAAUUCUUUGACCUGGAUAAUUUAAAGGAAGUGCUUUCAUAUAAGGUUUGGAAGAACCAUCUUUCAGAAAAUGAGAGAAACCUUCUUGUGCAUUUUCUUCCUCAUGGCUUGGAGCCACAUCAAGUUGUGGAAGAAUUACUUGCUGGGAAUAACAUUCACUUUGGAAACCCCUUCUUGAAAUGGGGUGCUUCACUUUGUUCAGGUGAUCUUCAUCCUGAUGUAAUUGUUGAUCAGGAGCGGCAUCUGAAGUCUGAGAAGAGGGCAUACUAUUCACAGUUGCAUAAUUAUCAUAAUGAUAUGAUAGGAUUUCUUGUUAAGUUGAAGGAAAGAUGGCAAAGCUGCAAAGAUCCAGAAAAGGAUAUUGUGCAGAAGAUAUGGAGGUCAAAGAAUGUAGAGAAAAGAGUGUCCUCAAAUGUGAAUGACUUGAAAGUCUAUGAUCAUGAUGGAAAUUUUACAGUUACAUCUGAGUCGUGUUCCUGGGAUGCAGAGGAGAAGGAAUUUAGUUGUGACAAUCAAAUUUUCUCAGUGAAAAGGGAUGAAAAACUCCAAAGAAGCAGGGUGCUGGAAAUAGGCAGCAUGAAAGGUAAAUCUACGAAUUUGAUGGUUUCAUCUGAUGAUGUGCAUAAUGUUGGAGAGAGGCUUAAGAAAGGGGACAAACUGUCCAAGCGCAAUAUUCACUCCACUGAAGGUGACAAAUACAUGUCGUGUAUAAAGAUUAGUAAGCAGCAACAUGAACUUGUUAAGAGUAUGAAGCAGUCUGGUAGAAUCAUUCAGUCCAAGACCCUUAACCGUGUUUUGGGCAACCUUGAUAACAUUCAUGUGCAACCAUAUGAAGUUUUUGUCAAAGAAGAACAGAAUAAGUUGCAUGAGCAUUGGUUAGAGUUGGUGAACAAAGCCCUUCCUGCAGCAUACGCUAAUUGGAUGGAGAGACACAGACAGAGACACGCAGUGAUAAAUUCGUUGCUGGUGGAGGUGAAGGAAAAAUCUAAUCCACUCGGCGAGGAAGAGGACAGUUUUAGCCCAGCCAGCGAGCUUCAGGAUAAGGAUGAGACUAACAUGAGCUCCGGGGAUGAUCUUCAAGAUCAGGAUGAAGAAAACACGACAUCAAGUGGUGAGCUUCCGGAUAAAGAUGAGGAUAACGUGACAUCAGGGGGUGAGCUUCAGGAUAAGAAUGAGGAUGACAUGAAAUCAAGCAGUGGGCUUCAGGAUUCGGGUGAUGAUAAUACAGCAGGUAGAAAGAUUCAAGGUCAUGAUGAGGAUGAUGUGAGCUUGGAGAAUGAGCUUCAGGAACUGGCAGAGGAUGAAGUUCAAAAUGAUAAGUCUAGCCUGAAAGAUGAAGUUUCUGUUGCAAGGACCCCAGAGAACCAAUCCCCACAAGACACUUAUGGUGGUAGGAUUGACGAGUUCAACUCAAUGAGUAUGAAGUUAGAAAAGAAUUUAAUUUCCCCAACAUUGGGCAAUGCAUCACAAAAUAAAAUAGAUUAUCCAGGGGAUAAGAACACGCGGGAUGUUUCUAUUGAUGAAGGACGCCCUUUCAAUUCUAGCAGUGAUGUAUGGCAAGCAGUUGAAAUGCCACAUCCAUUCUUUGAUACUGCUGGGACCCAUGAGUACACAACCCAUGGAUUAUCAUUGGCGAAUCCUAGAGAGAAUGAAGAACGAGCUUGUUUGAUUGACCUUGAAGCUGGGUUACAUCAGGAAGAGACUGGUAAAGAAUUGUUACACAGACAGUUACAUGAUCAAACCUUCAGUUCUUACCAAAGCCAGGGUCGAAGUGACUUACUUCAAUCUUUCCUCAAGGGAGAUGGUGUGAUAUCCUAUCAUCAUGAGCAAAAAGGAUCCGAAAUGAACUUCCAGGCUUCGAACAAUGUUAUAAUGGGGGAUAGCCAAUUAUCUAGCCAUUUUAAGGACCCUUUGCAGACAUCACUGUCUUUGGACCAGGGGCAGAGGAGAGCUAAUGAGGUUUACACAUCAGAAAGCAUGCCACAGAAUAUUUAUUCCAAUGGAGGAAGGUACUUAGUCCCCAGGCAAGCUCGGUUAGUUCCCGGGCAAGAUUCAUUGGCCGCUGUAAAUAUGCCGGAUUGGACCUCCAAUACUGCUCGCACACCUUCCCAGUCUCACUUAAAUACUGCAGAACAUCCGCGUAGCUCUUAUGAUUCGUUCCGAAACACUGAUGACUUUCUAGCACAAAGACCUUAUGGAGUAGUAGAUACUGAUACCUCCAGGACCAAUGCUGUUGCUCCACAGGCUUCUCAUCCGCUAGAAUACUUCAGUGGACGCGAGGCACCUAGUAGUGGCCUGGUACCUGAUGAUAUGGCAUGGAUGAGCUUGCCACAUCAGAAUGAUCAAAUGGGAAAGCCGUACUUGAGAUCUUGGAAUCGGUAAUGAAUGUUUUUUUACCCAUUGGUGGCAUUGUGAGAUGAAAUACGCACGCUCAUGUGUGAUUGUUCUUUGCGAGUAAAGCCACAAGCUGGGAAGAUGAGAUAGGUUUGUGUACAUACAAGACCGAGUUCAACUCAACACCAUGUACAUAUCUAAUUAUUAGACGAGCAGGAAAGAAGGCAAUGGGGUAAAUAUAACCUUCAAGAAUUUCAGCUUGUUACUUUGGAAAGUUACAUAAUUUUAGUUUUUUUUUUCUUAUUGUCUUUUUCCCCCUUUGUUUCUGGAGAGGUAUUUUUUAAAAAUAAUUUUGGAAGGUAAGAAAUGCUGGAGGCUGGUGCCUUUCUCAGUUAUAAUUUGUUGCUCACAUCAAUAAUUUCGUCCUAUAUUCAUAAUGCCGAGACAACAAAUGUGCUUGAAAUAAUCGCCUAAUUUGUUCUUUUAUAAGUUUCGCUAAUUGUAAUCGACUAUUGUGAAGAUAACAUUCAAGAAUUACAACUGUUGUUACUUUGCCAA